UAAAAUUUGAGCGACUUCAACAAACAGACAGCGCAUUAAAAAAUUCUAAAAUCUAUUCUAUACCAAGUUACUUACUCUCAAAUUACUCCUCAUGUAGGCCUAUCUAUUGUUUUCUAAAUCAGAUUAUUACAAAUAGUCAUUAAAAGCGUCGGAUCUUAAGGGAUGAUAUAGCUUUUCGCAUUUCGUCACAUCAGUGGUACUCGUUGGGUGGUUGGGUUUUUCGUGCGAUAUUAAUGACUAAUUAUAAUCCGAUUUGGAGUACAAUAGAUACAUGAGAAAGUCAAGCCGACCAAGUUUCAACACUUUGUUACCAUUCUCUCUUAGACGUCAUAGAUAUCAUAUCACUGUGCUGAUAUCAUCAACAGCUUUGGUCAAUUUUUGGUGAUUUAACACCUGAAAAGGUCAUAUUUCGUGAAAGUGAAGCUGCUGUGGCAGCAAUAUGGAUGGAGACACCAGCAGCUCAAGUUCUGAGGCUGAGGAACGAGAGAGUUCUCCAGAUGAGGGGGAAUAUUUGGUGUCUCCAGAAAUAGCCAUUGACUUCAAAGUUCCUAAAUUCAAUUUUUGUGACUGGGAUCCGAAUCCCGAGAAAGGCACCUCAUAUCUUGGUUUGUUACCAAUCCAAGAAACUUAUGAGCAGUCUGGUCAUGUGGGAAAGAUCAAGGUCUCCACAUCACAUCGAAGAAUCCGCAUGAGAGAGUUCAUCAAUGGGAAGAGAACAGGUCGAGACAUUAUUGAUGACAGAAAACUUCGCCAAGCGUCCGAUCAGAAUGAUUAUAACACAGUGCUGCAUCUUCUUGAGACAGGUGUUGACCCAAAUUGUUGUGACGACAAGAAGCGAACGGCUUUACAUUUUGCUGCUGCAAAAGGACAUCAUGACAUAGUGAAUGUCUUGCUGGAUCAUGGUGCUAAUCCAAAUCAAAAAGAUGUCAUCGGAAACACAGCCCUUCAUCUUGCUGCCUGUGCUCAUCACGUCAAGGUUGUGACUAUUCUGCUAAAAGGGGGAACCAAUCUGAUGUCGACAGACAACAUGGGAAAGACGCCACUGCAUUUAGCUCAUUCCAGACUCAGGACUCUCCAUGAUAACAAGACCUUUACAUCAGAACAACUCAAAGUUGAGGUCACUCAGGUUGUGGGAAUGAUGAAAGAAUACCUCAACAUCACUGGACACACAGACAGCGACUGUGAACUCAGUCAACUCACAGAGAAGCUGACAUUAUCAACGACUAUAGAUGAAGUUCAUGGAGUUAACGAGUUACUGGCACAGUUCACAAGCCUUAAACUAGAGUCACACAAACAACCUGUGCAGACAAUAGCCGCAAGUUGAGCGACAUGAGGACUCUCAGCUUACCAGCAAGGUGGUGGUGACCUUUGUCAGGUUACCCCAUGUCUUCAUGCUUAAUGGACUGCUAUGUCAGAUUCUGGAGUCAUCUUGACAUCUUCGUGUUACAGCUGUCCAGUGGAGUGACUUGUGUUUUCAUGCCUGUCUUGGCAAUCAAAGUGGACUGAACUGACUGGAAUAAAUGUAGUAUCGUCCAUGAAGAGUGCAAUAAUUCAUCAUCAAGUUCUGGUUUGAUGAUCUCGUGUUGUUUGCAUUUAGUUCAACACUGACCUGGACUGCAAUUAAGCUAUGAUUUGUUGUGAACUAGCUGUUAUUGCAGAGUAAUGUACACUACAUGUACAUGAAGUGUUGAUAGCUUUUCAACUUUUUUGACCAGCUAACAGGUUUGUUGAUUUACCUAGAGAGAGGGCGUUACUUGUUACUGUGGCAUGUACAUUGAAUCAAAACAACACAGAUGCUGUCGUUCAAAAUAAACCUUUGAAAGAAAA